AUGAAAAUCGACACCCUCAUUGCUGUAUUCGUUUGCGAUGUGGAGGAUAUUUUUAAAAAGAGUGCCUCCAGUUUCGGAAUUUUACUUAAUGAGAAUUGUGAAGAUCGAUCUCUAGGUGACGACACUUCCUUGUCUCCUCAAGAACAGAGCCGAGCACCUUUGCAAGGUGACCAAAUCAAACGGAACGAAAGUAUUCUUCAGUUGUGCUAUGACCAAAUUAUCGCUCCUGUAAAAGAUUUACUUACAGAGCCUGAAGUCAUCAUUGUACCUGAGAGGUGUUCCUACCGAGUCCCUUUUGCUGCCUUACGGGAUGAGCCAGCAGGAAAGUAUUUAUCAGAAACCCACAGAAUCCGCAUCGUCCCUUCUCUCACGACUCUCGGGAUCAUCCAGGAAUGUCCAGCGGACUACCACAGUCAGACCGGUGCACUGGUAGUGGGUGAUCCUAAGGCUGGCAAAGUGCAAUACAGAGGACGUACUCUGAACUUGGAACCAUUGUCCGGUGCAAGAAAGGAAGCAGAAAUGGUUGGUCGACUCCUGGGGGUUCAGCCUUUGUUAGGAGAACACGCAACAAAGCAGGCGGUACUUCACGCACUUCAUUCAGUGAGUCUAAUACAUCUUGCUGCUCAUGGUCAUGCCGACAGAGGAGAGAUUGCCCUUACCCCUAAUUGUGCUACGAACGGUAUUCCACAAGAAGAAGACUACCUUUUGACAAUGUCCGACAUUUCAAAGGUUAAGCUGCGUGCUAAAAUGGUCGUACUUAGUUGUUGUCACAGUGGGCGUGGAACCUUCAAACAGGAGGGAGUCAUUGGAAUCGCCCGCGCAUUCCUAGCAUCUGGUGCACGUUCAGUGUUGGUGGCAUCUUGGGCCAUACAAGACGAAGCAACAGAGCAGCUCAUGAAUCAUUUCUACGAACACCUGGCUGGUGGAGAAAGUGCCAGUGAGUCCCUUCAUCAGGCCAUCAAAUGGUUGAGAAGCAACGGCUUCACUGAACCUCGCCAAUGGGCUCCAUUUGUACUUAUGGGAGACAACGUGACAUUUGACUUACAGAAAUUAAGGUAA